UUGGGGAGUGUGAAAUGUUGGUGCGCUCCAGGGUUGGAGGGAUUGGAGUAGUAAAUCAGUCUACUCGUUUAGGUUUUGUGGAAGAUAGGCUGAUGAGCAUGUGAGGUAGGUCUGUUGAUGUUGCUCAUAACCUGUGAAAUGUUGGUAGGCUCCUUAGUGUACAUGAAUACGUGGUUUACAAUAAAGAGUGAGCUUAUUCACUAUCUACUCGUGAUUUAGGCUCACAGGGAGUUGUCACGAAUUUUUCCAUUUGCUCCGUUGUGUGAGAGGAAGGAAAGCAUCGACAUGAUCCAAACACUGAAUGGAAGCAAAACGAACUUCUAAUACGCAAUCAAAGCGUCCCGCAGAAAUAGUCAAACACUCGACCGGCAUGGCUAUUAUUAUUGCACAACAGAUUUAGAAUACAUAGGUUCAACCAGCCAAUCAGUAGUUAGACCGAAGAAGUCUGGAGUCAAAAUCCAAAAGUUGCGCUAUCAAAACACGUCAUUAUCGCUGGAACCUCCCAUUGCGGACACAACGGUAAUGUCAAUUGACAGUCCAACCAACGUUGAUGAACUUGCAUGUUCUCUACAGGAACCUCUGCUAACGCGGGGAUGUGUUGACGAAGGCCAGCAAGAUUCGAAUACCGACACCACAACUACAAUCAAUGAUGGAAAUCCCAUCAUUUAUGACAAUGAAGGCCGCGCCGAUGGCCAAGAAACGAGGAGACUAUAUGAUGGAUUACAUUUGAAGGAUUCCCUGCUGAUCAAAUUUCUUUAUUUUCUCGACGCGUUGGGAAGUUCCGCAUGGGGCCGCUUCAGCGCAAUAUAUUACAACAACCACGGGCUGAAUACCCAACAGAUUGGUUUGAUCGAAGGAUUACGAACUUUCACACCGACAAUAAGUAUGGUCUUUUGGGGUUUUAUUGCCGAUCGGUUCCAAUGUCGAAAACAAGUUUGGAUUUGGACAAAAUCUGGAGCUACGUCGAUUCUACUUAUGUUGGCAUUGCCAUGGGUCACCAAAUCCUUCUUUCGGAUAUUGUGGGUUUCGGUGGGAGCACAACUAUUUGUUUCAAAUGGUGCAAUCCUAGAUUCCUAUACGCUUGAGCUGCUUGGGACCGAGAACAAGGAUUUGUAUGGACGGUACCGCCUUUAUGCAAGUCUUUCGUGGGGCUUCGGAUCUAUUGUCAUGGGUUGGAUUACCGAUAAUUAUGGAUUUGAUUGGAACUUUAUCAUGUUUGGCGCGUUGAGCAUAUUGAUGAUUGUGCUUGUGGCAUAUUUUAUUCCAGAUACAAUAAACAAUGAAGCAGACCAAGAUCCACUUGCAGCAGAUAAUAGAGCAACUGGAGAAAUAAAUAUCGAGAACGAAUCUCUUAAUGAUGCUGUUGAUGAGGACGAUCAGAUUGGAGACAUCUCUGACCUUCUUUUUCUGAUCACGAAACCCAGGGUUCUAUUUUUUUUUGUUGAAGUCAUAGUAAUGGGAGCUGCUAUGGCAACUGUGGAACGCCUUUUAUUCCUUUAUAUGAUCAAUGACCUCCAUUCGUCCACGCUUCUUUGUGGAAUGAGUGUAGGAGUAAACGUGCUCUGUGAGCUUCCGAUAUUUUGGUACGCUUCUUCGAUCUUGAACUUUCUUGGAUCGGAUGGAAUGUUCCUCCUUUCCAUGACAUGUUUCGUCGUGCGAGUGUACGGAUACACACUAUUGACUCCCUCCACGAAGCAUUGGAUCCUUGCACUUGAAUUGAUGCACGGAGUUACUUUUGCUACGUUUUGGAUUGUGACAACAGAUGUCUCAAAAGUAUUGAUCGACAAAAGCAGAGGGGGUUUUUGGAGCACUACCAUUCCCUCAAUCGUGCAGAUGUCGUACAAUGCAGUGGGAGCUACUAUCGGAUCGGUGUUUGGAGGCUUUGCAAUGCAUCGAUAUGGUUCGAGGCAGAUGUACCUAUUCAUAGCAGUGUCAGUGUUAUGUAUGUUGUUUGUUCAUCUUGUCGGAAGUAUACUCGUCAGGACUUGUCGUCCUGAACUCGGAAGUGUUCUGCCUGGAUGCCGCUGCCCAACAAGCAAUGGAAACAACGAAGAGGAGGAAAACGAGCAAGGUCACGAGCAAGACGGUGAUGAGGUGGGAGAUUGAAGUCAUCGUGAUAGCAAUCUUCGAGCGAUUUUCAAUCCUGCUUCGCAUUAUAAAUUGUACUUUGCACCCUAACCAUCUUCUACUUCGUGUGAAGGGCAAUAGUCUUCUUCUUAGAGUCCAUUUGAAUGGGCCAACCCGAGCAUCAGAAGUACGAGUAUAUUAUUACUCACACAUAAAUGAAGUGAAAGCGCGGUCCGACAAACCAUCGCAACUCUUGUUAAGGAAAAACCACAGCCUUGGAUUUCACGACUACAAUCAUUUUGGUUCACCCAACGAGAGAUCUUCGAGCAAAACUUUCGACCGCUCCACUCAACUAUUUAGACAAAGAAAAAAUAAAGUCGAAGAGCAUAU